AUGAUAGUGCGCAAUCGUGCUAUUGCAGCUAACCUUGAUUUUUCUGAGGAUGAGCACUAUUGCUCCCUGACUGCACUUGCUGGUGAACUUGUCGGCGCUCACGUUAUUGUACAAUGGUGGUGGUAUGCUGAAUUUGGCAAAGCAGCCUGGCAGCACAAUUCAGAUACUGGGAGCAGAGAAGGCCUUGAUCAGAGAUCUAAAGAUGAAGCAUUUGAGUCAGAGCCACAGUUGCCGCAGCAGGAGGGUGUCGACUCCUCCGACGCCGCCGCCGCGCCGGCGGAGGCUGGCGCGGCGCCGGAGCAGCAGGCGGCCGAGAAGCCCGAGAAGCCGGCGCAGGUGAAGAGGGAGCGCCGGUCGCGGUCGUCGCGCUCCGCUACCGCGGCGGCGGCCGCCGCGGCGCACGCGGAGGUGCGCCUGGGCGGGAGCUUCGCCAACAAGGCGCGCGGCGAGCAAGUCGCCGCAGGCUGGCCCGCCUGGCUCUCCGCCGUCGCCGGGGAGGCCAUCGACGGCUGGACCCCGCGCCGCGCCGACUCCUUCGAGAAGAUCGACAAGAUCGGCCAGGGCACGUACAGCAAUGUGUACAAGGCGCGGGACUCGCUCAGCGGCAAGAUCGUGGCGCUGAAGAAGGUGCGCUUCGACAACCUCGAGCCCGAGAGCGUGCGCUUCAUGGCGCGCGAGAUCCUCAUCCUGCGCCGCCUCGACCACCCCAAUGUCGUCAAGCUCGACGGGCUCGUCACCUCCCGCAUGUCCUGCAGCCUCUACCUCGUCUUCGACUACAUGGUCCACGACCUCGCGGGCCUCGCCGCCAGCCCCGAAAUCAAGUUCACGCUGCCCCAGGUCAAGUGCUAUGUGCAUCAGUUGUUGUCAGGGCUCGAGCACUGCCACAACCGGGGAGUGUUGCAUCGCGACAUCAAGGGAUCAAAUCUGCUUUUGGACAACAACGGUGUCCUGAAGAUUGCAGAUUUUGGCCUAGCAUCAUUCUUCGACCCCAACCAUAAACAGCCAAUGACGAGCCGGGUGGUCACACUCUGGUACCGGCCACCGGAGUUGCUGUUGGGUGCGACGGAUUAUGGAGUUGGCGUCGACUUGUGGAGUGCUGGAUGUAUACUUGCUGAAUUGCUGGCUGGGAAGCCUAUUAUGCCUGGACGGACUGAGGUGGAACAGCUGCAUAAAAUUUUUAAGCUAUGUGGCUCUCCAACAGAAGAAUAUUGGAAAAAAUCAAAGUUGCCUCAUGCAACUAUAUUUAAGCCUCAACAGCCAUACAAAAGGCGAAUAGCGGAUACAUUCAAAGAUUUCCCUCAAUCAGCACUACGACUGAUUGAAACACUACUUGCAAUUGAUCCAGCUGAUCGUUUAACGGCAACAUCUGCAUUACAAAGUGAUUUCUUUACAACGGAGCCUCAUGCAUGUGAACCAUCAAGCCUGCCCCAAUACCCACCAAGCAAAGAGAUGGAUGCGAAACGAAGAGAUGAAGAAGCUAGACGCUUAAGAGCUGCUGGUGGUAGAGCUAAUGGAGAUGGAGCAAGGAAGACAAGGACACGAGACCGGCCUAGGGCUGUUCCAGCUCCAGAGGCAAAUGCUGAACUUCAAGCAAAUAUUGAUAAAAGAAGGUUAAUAACACAUGCAAAUGCGAAGAGCAAGAGUGAAAAGUUCCCUCCGCCGCAUCAGGAUGGUGCACUUGGAUAUCCCUUGGGCUGUUCAAAUCACAUGGAGCCGGCAUUUGAGCCCCCAGAUCCUUCUUCCUUCAGCACUGUAUUUCCUUAUGAAAAAGGCGCCGUGCCUACCUGGUCUGGACCAUUGGCUGACUCUGCAGCAGGCAACCAGAAGCGGAAACACAAGUCUGGCCGCUCAUCAAAACAACCUUCAACUGCCCGUGCUAGAUGAUAUAUCAUGUCGUGCUUAGUGCAAAAGAAGCCUUCAAUACUGAAAAAGAAUACUCUGCAGCGGUUCCUACAAACUAAGAGAUCUGAGUUGGAAUCGAGGGCUGCAACAAUGAAUUGUUUUUUCUCAGAUCCAUUCAUGUACGGAAUUUUUCCGAACAUCGGUCAGUGUAUAGGCUGGAGAGGGAGCUCAACUAGUCAAUUCUGUACAUUAGGUUCUCUUUUCCAUUCUUUAUAAGCAGCAAUAUGUUAUGUUAGAUUUAUUUGAGUGAGGAAUGGAACUGUUAGGUCUACUUACUUAACAUGUCACUCUACAUAGCUUACUUUCAAUCAAUUGAAUAUUUUUUAUCUGCUAUUCCGUAAA